GUAUAUCUUUUUAACCUUUAGACUGUCAGCCAUGCCUUUAGUGAAGAGGAACAUCGAACCCCGGCACCUGUGCCGCGGCGCCCUGCCGGAAGGAAUCACCAGUGAGCUCGAAUGCGUGACCAACAGCACCCUUGCCGCCAUCAUCCGCCAGCUCAGCAGUCUGAGCAAACAUGCAGAAGACAUAUUUGGUGAGCUAUUUAAUGAGGCUAACAACUUCUACAUCAGAGCAAAUUCCCUUCAAGACAGAAUCGAUCGGCUUGCUGUCAAAGUCACCCAGCUGGACUCCACAGUGGAGGAGGUCUCGCUGCAGGAUAUCAACAUGAAGAAAGCGUUCAAAAGCUCUACCAUCCAAGACCAGCAGGUGGUUUCCAAGAACAGCAUUCCAAACCCUGUGGCUGACAUUUACAACCAGAGUGACAAACCCCCACCACUGAGCAUUCUGACACCGUACAGAGAUGACAAGAAGGACGGGCUGAAGUUCUACACGGACCCCUCUUACUUCUUUGACCUCUGGAAAGAAAAGAUGCUGCAGGACACAGAAGACAAGAGGAAAGAGAAACGGCGUCAGAAGGAGCAAAAGCGUGUAGAUGGCACCACUCGUGAGGUGAAAAAGGUUAGAAAAGCCAGAAACAGGCGCCAGGAGUGGAAUAUGAUGGCGUAUGACAAAGAGCUUAGGCCCGACAACAGGUUGUCUCAGAGUGUGCACCACGGGGCAUCCUCCGAGGGAUCUCUGUCCCCAGACACUAGGUCUCACACAUCCGAUGUCACCGAUUAUUCUUAUCCUGCUACUCCCAACCACGCUUUGCAAGUACAGCCGGUGACACCUUCCUACACGGCUGGCGAUGCACCACUGCAUGCAGCCACAAACCAAGGCGCUGAGCACGAAUACCGACCCUCGUCUGCCUCGGCGAGGCACAUGGCCCUGAAUAGACCUCAGCAGCCACCGCCACCACCUCCGCCCCAGGCCCCAGAGGGGUCCCAGGCCUCUGCGUCAGUGGCUCCAGCCGACUAUGGGAUGCUUCCAGCACAGAUAAUUGAAUACUACAAUCCCUCAGGACCGCCACCACCUCCCCCUCCACCCAUGAUUCCUUCAGCACAAACUGCCUUCGUCAGCCCUCUCCAGAUCCCUGCGCAGCAACCCGCAUUCCCUGCCUCAGCCGGCUCCACAUACCCCACCCCUCCUCACCAGCCCUCCACUGGGCUCCUGGCCACAGCACCACCGCCCCCAGGGCCCCCGCCUCCUCCACCUGGUCCUCCUGGCCCCUCCUCCCUGUCUUCCUCCCCAAUGCAUGGUCCCCCUGUGGCUGAGGCAAAGCGCCCAGAGCCUGCACAGCCACCCAUAAGUGAUGCAAGAAGCGAUCUCCUGGCUGCCAUCCGGAUGGGAAUCCAACUGAAAAAGGUGCAGGAGCAGCGUGAGCAGGAAGCCAAGCGGGAGCCUGUGGGCAAUGACGUGGCCACCAUCUUGUCUAGGCGCAUUGCUGUGGAGUACAGCGACUCGGACGAUGACUCUGAGUUUGAUGAGAACGACUGGUCCGACUGAGUCGCCAGGGCCAGGCGGCAGGCGGCCAGCCAGGGCACCAUAUGCAAGUGUGCUAGGAGCUCCUGUGAUCUCUGCACCCUCACAGUGGUAUUACCCUGUAGCUUUAGUACCUUUUGUAUUAGCAGUGUGAUAUUGCUUCUGCACAUCCUUCUGGAUUUGUUGAGUAUUUACUGUGUAAUACUUAAGUGCCACUAAACACAGCACACCGUGCUGCACACCAGGACAUUCGCUGUACCUAGUGCACCAUCCUGAAAUAGCAUCUCGCUUCCCUCUCGGCUGUGAGAGUCUCCUCUCCCGUCCAUCCUGCUCUGGUGGACCUGCCGCGUGUCUGCACAGCUGCCCGGUGUCAGCUCUUUGCAAGAUCAAUGGCUGUGUGUCAGUGAUGUCUUCCAACCAGUGGGCGAUGCUUCCCUGAUUUUGGUUUUUUUUUUUCCUUUGCAAAUCGAAUUCCAGAUAGACAUGGUUGCGGAGGGGAAAGUUUAACAAGUCAGAAUAAGAUGCUUCUCUAUUUGCACACUCCGUCUGGUGGCCUCCAAGGAACUGUGUGUGCUCGUUUGCACUCGCAGCAGAGAGCACUCGUUUUUAUGAGGGAACCCUGUGCCCAGGGACUUUGCAGAUGGAGCUUACUUCUGUGACUAGCCCUGGUAGUGUGGGCACCCAGAGUCUGCAGAGCAGGGCGGCACAGCUGCCCCAUCUGAUUCCCUCCUACCCCACCCAGUGGGAAAGAGACCUCCACAGUUUGUUUCCUGGGAUCCCUACCCCUCUGGUCUCCGGGCAGUGAGCACCUCACUCCCCUUGCCCUGAGUCAUAGAAGCUUGGGUUUGGCUGAGAGAUGCCACCAGCUGUUCACGACCCAUGGUGCUGUGGCUGGAUUCGCACUGUGUCAAACAGGGCCACACCCGUCCUGAAGCACAGCUCUCUCCUCCCGUGUUGUUGGCACAUUUUAAAUUUUAAAAAGUACCUCACAAGAUAAACUUGAUUCACCCGGUUGCCCUGGCAGAGACCCCGACUUCCCCUCCACUGCCCUGACCCUUUCACCGAAUGGCAGUGCCUCAGUCCUGUGUCGGCUUCACAGCUCCGGAGAGGCAGCUGCUGAUUUAACUAAGUCAUUGGUGCCCCAGGCGUGGGUCACAGGCAGGACUUACACAGGUGCCAGGACACUGCCUUCCCUUAGGUGCACAUUCAAAUGGCCUGCGGCUCUUAAUAUCUCUCACUUUUUAUGAAAA